AUGGAAUUUAAUGGAUGCUUUCUUUUGUUGAUAAUAUUUGUUGUCACUAAAGUCAACUCGUUGCCUUAUGAUGUUCAUUGGUUAAGCGGUCCUGCUACUAUUGAACGUGAUAUUCAGCCCCUCAAACAAACGGUGGAUGUGUAUUGUUAUACUGGGACACCAAAAAAUCUGUUCACAUUAUGGCAAACAGUUAAAUUUCAUAUUAAAAUAAAAAAUGAUGAGUUUAGCCAAUAUUUCGGUGAUAAUCCAGAACAAGUCUAUAAAGAUUACAAAGACGAUAGCUAUGGCUGGGCUGUGGUUAAUCCAUUUCAGAAAAAAUCAUACAAAACAGUGUCUCUGGAUCUAUUCACACCAACUUGUAUGGCUAUUAACACUAAGCAAAAACAUAGUAUUGAGCUACACAUUCAGAGAGUGGAUAUCUGGCGAGUUUUUAUGAUGGUAAUAGGAAUAACUCUAAUAUAUGCAUCUCGCAGCCUAAGUGCCAAUCCAGUGUUCUUUUAUAUCUGUGGUAUUGUGAUUGGAGUAUCUGCUUCUUUUAUGGUACUUGUGUAUUAUAUAAGCAAAUUCCUACCAAGGAAAACUCUAACUUAUGGCAUACUAAUAGGUGGUUGGACAGUUGGUGUAUAUCUAUUCCAACAAAUAUGGGAAAAUAUGAGAAGUAUAGUAACAAGCUAUCAAUCGUAUAUAUUCUGGUACACUUUAUUAGUGGGCUUUAUCAGUUUCUUAGUAUGUUAUAGAAUAGGGCCCCCGAAAAAUGAAAGGAGCAAAAAUAUUGUUAUGUGGACUUUACAAGGUAUAGGUGUUUUUGUCAUAUUCUUCAGUAGUCAGUACCAUGAAGCCUCGGCAGCUGUGACCAUAAUUACUCUUGGUACUAAAUAUUUUCCAAAAUCUCUUCUCUACGCUAUACAGGGUUAUUGGCUCCGCAAGUUCCCACCAAAGCCGCGGCUGCUAAGCAACGAGGAGUACUACGAGCAGGGCGCGCGCGAGACGCGGCGCGCGCUGGACGCGCUGCGCCAGCACUGCUCCUCCCCCGACUGCAAGCAGUGGAGCAUUAUGCUCAAGCUGCACGACGCUAAGAGGAAUACUUCCAGGUUCGCAAGCUUCGUGGAAGGCAACUCACAUCUCAGCGACGAUGAAGUUUUGGAUUACGAAUCGUAUGCUUUCUCUAUGGAGAGGGCGAAACCCGUCGCGAACUCAACAAGAAAUCUGGAAAUUUCCGACGAUGACUCCUCAGAAUAUAACGAUGAUGAU